AUGCAGCAGCAGCUGCAGCAGCUGCAGCAGCUGCAGCACCGAUGCUACAGUAAGGAGGUACACGACCACUUCUUUAACCCCAGAAAUGCAGGCUCCUUUGACUUGAAUGACCCCGAAAACAAAGACAAGGGUUUGUUGGUGUGUACAGGCUCCUUUGACUUGAAUGACCCCGAAAACAAAGACAAGGUGGGGACGGCAAUAGUAGGAAAGGCUGCAUGCGGAGACGUCAUUAAGCUGCAGGUGAAGGUGGAGGGGGGUAAGAUAACAGAUGCCCGCUUUAAAACAUUUGGCUGUGGCUCAGCAAUUGCUUCUUCUUCGUAUGCAACAGAACUUAUAAAAGGAAAAACACCAGAAGAGGCGCUCAAGCUGCGUAAUACAGAUAUUGCAGGGUUUGGGGGUGGAUAA